AUGAGUAAAACCGAACAAACUGGUUCAGAUUUUGCUCCAAAAUUCUUUACCGCAGAGGAAGGAAAAAAUUGGAAUAGUUUACUUAUCCGCCUCCGUUCUUUUGAAGAGGUAGUUUGCAAAACAAUACGCCGUAUUGAAGGAACAAUUACGAAUAUACAAACGGAAAAACCCGAUUUUCCUCAAAUAAACUUUGUUCUUGAAGGAAAAUUCGAGACGUUAAAUGAUAAAAUUAAAAUUGUAGAAAAUUUUAUUAAGGAUGCGACACUUGAUUUAGGAGUUGAAAUUGACCUAAAUAAAUUAAAAAUAGACGAAAUUGAAGAAAAAUUAAUAGAUAAAGGAGAAAAUUGUUAUGUACAUGCUCUUUUCCAAGGCAAAUGCACUGAACUGGAAAAAGAACAAAUUUUACAUUGUCAGCGUCUAAAUAUCAUUGAGGAAGGACUAGAACUCGCUGAACAAGAUAAUUUUGAUUUAGGAGCUAAAUUUCGAGAAUUAUCAGACAAAUUGGAAAGUCUAGAAUUUAAAGUUGAAGUUUUGGAAAAUGAGUCUGAAGGAUCUGGAUUUAUAUGGAAUGGCCAUGGGGGUGAGAAAUCUAAUGAAAAUAAAUCCAAUAUCGAUGGGAAUAAAGAAAGAAACCCCCAAGAAAAUGAAAAUAUUGAGGGAGACGAAAAUUGUGAAAUAAUGAUGGGAGACCCAUUCUUAAAUGGAUUAAGCUCACCUAUAGGAAUAUAUGACGGAAACCCCUGUAAUUCUUUUGCACGCUGGUCGCAGCGUUUCAACGACGCAAUAAAUCUUUUAUUAACCCCUCUAUCGGAAGCUCAAAAACUAAACCGCCUGAAAGUAUGUUUAGGAGGACGCGCACGAGCUGAAUUAGACUCACAAAACCCACAACCGGAGACACUACAAGACGCGUUAAAUUUUUUACAAGAGAGAUUUGUAAAUGGACAUUCGCGUACGGUAGCUCGACAAGCACUUUCUAUAGUUAAACAAGCGCCAGGCGAAAGAGUUUUCGCUUUUGCACAACGCUUAAAUGAUGCGGUACGUGCAGUAAUGAUAGGAUAUGAGGAAAAUAUGAUCCAACAGCGUUUAUUGGAUGAAUUUUUGGAUCGCCUUGUCCCUGAAUUACAAUUUGAAGUCAAGGCUUCAAGACCUGAAGAUUAUACCAGAGCAUUUGAAACAGCAGAGCAUUUUGAACUAUUACUAACAGAAAGACGUCCACACUUACAAAAUAAUCAAUUUGUUGAUUUAGCGGAGAAGGUUGAAGCUCUAGUGAUACAAAAUGAAAAUGAUAAACUAAGGAAAAUUUGCUAUCAUUGCCGAAAGCCUGGUCACAUAAUGGCUAAUUGUAGAAAUCGGAGUUACCAACAACCAAAUCAACCGCAAUUUAAUAAUUAUAAUUCAAAUCAUACCCGCAGAAAUAACCAAAACUAUAACAAUCGCGGAGAUUAUAACCAAAAUUUUUACAAAAACGGAAAUUAUCAAAAUAACUAUAGGAACCAAAAUAAUAACAGAAAUGGAAACUGGAAUAAUCGAAAUUCCCAAAAUAAUCAAAACAAAUACAAUGAAAGAGGAAAUUUCAGAAAUAGACAAAGCCACUCUCCAAAAAGAAGAGUGAGAUUUAGUGAAAACAGGGUAGCAAGUCCUAUUACAUCUAGCCCAAGGAUGUUAAGCCCGUACUUUUUGGCAAUAUUAGCGCUACUUGCUCUUGUUUGCCCAAGUAUAGCCAGCCAUGGACCGCAUAGCCCAAUGAUUUGUCUUGCAGAAUCCCCGAGUAGCUUGUGGAAACUUCCGGAGGAACCUAUCUGCCCGCAUUGGAGAACCACAGAACCGCCUAUAGAAAUGCCAUUAUCGGUUUAUCGUGCAAACACUUUAGAAUACAAAACGGCCACAACUGUCUGUCGAUGUGUUAAAACAAUUAUAAAUCGUAGAAUGGGACUUUUUGGUUCUAAAUAUGAAAAAAUUGAUACGGAAAACAUAGAAAUCCCAACAUCGACCUGUCAUAGGAUGCAUAAACUUUAUCACUCGCCAGCAGGUGAAAUGUUUGGAAAUAACACAUUUAAGGCUACGAAUAAUUCCCUGGACAGUGAAUGGCGACCUUGGCCUAUUAGCAUAAUUUGGUAUACAGAAGAAGUCACAAACUGCUAUGCUUUUGACUCAGUUAUUUUUACACGCUAUGGAAUGAGCGGUAUAUCAACGCCUCUAGGUAGUUGCCCUGGUUGUCUUUAUAAGGCUGGAUCCUGUCGGUGUACACAAGGAAGCCUUAUUUGGGAACCAGAGAAAUCCCAACAAUGCUCUUUUAUAUUCGUAACUCGAUGGGAAGGCGAAUAUUCAACUAAAAUUUGGAUUACAAAAAGCAGUGAAUUUGCUCUAAGUUUUGAAAAUGCCACAAUAAAAACUGAUUGUGAGGGAACACAAUUUACUGUUUCUGAUCAAGGUUUUGCUGUACCCGUAAAUGAAUAUAAUGAAAUGAUUAUGAAGAGUGAAAGAGCGCAGAACGAAAUAAAAAGAAGUAAAAGAGAAAUAGGAAUUGUUUACUCCCAACAAUUAGCCGCGCAAUUAACAGCGCUUAGUGCUAAAAUUACGUUUAAUACUCAACGCCUUUUUGCAGAAGCCACACACCAAAUAUGCACGAGUUUACAGUCUAUAGUGGACCAAACCUUAAGUUUGGCAAUUGCUAACCCCACAUUACUAGCAAGACAUUUUAUGAAAAAUAAAUUAAUAACUGCUAGACUGGUAACUGAUAGGACUUUAGAAAUUAAACCUUGUUACCCCAUUAACUUUAAAGACAUACAUUAUAAUUGGAAAACUGGUCACUGUUUUAACAAAAUACCAAUCAGUUUUAAGCUCUUUGAGGUCCAAAAACAUGGAUUUUUGGACACAAAUACUUUGAUUAUUUACCCAGAGGCCAAAGAGAUUGAUUGUAAUUCUGCUAAAUCGCAAUUCAUUGAAAUAGGUGGAAAAAUAAUUCAAUAUAAUCAAGUUAAUGGAGAUGAAAAUGAAAUCCCAAUAGAGUCGAUCUUUACAUUAGCACGAUUUGGGAACUUGGAUUUUCCGGAUAUUGGAGUAACAAUCUUCAGAAAUAAAAUACUCGCAAAUUUAUCCGAAUUAUAUUCCCCUGAGCAUUUUAACGAAACGCUAGAAGCUGCAGAAAUAAGCCAAGAAAUUAUGCGAUUAACUCGCCCUAGCAGUAGCACUUGGAGGGAAUCAACAGGAAAAACCGAGUUAUUAGCCGGAAAUAUUGUAUCUAGUGGUCUUUUCUCGUUUUUGAAAGGAGGAUUACCUUCGUUUAAUCAAAUUUGGGUAUUUUUUGUUUGCUGCUAUGUAACUAUUUCUAUAGCUGUACAAUUAAUAAUUCCUCCAGCUAUACUUCAAUACUUAAAUCUUUUAUUUAAUGUUAGUAAUUCCUAUAUCCGCGCAACAAAAUUAUUACAAAAAUAUAAAAAUAAAAGGCGUGAGAUUCGAGAAAUUGAAUUGGCAGAAAAAACUGAAAGGACCCCUCCAUUAAACGAACGAUGGCCCAGUAUAGAAAUUCAACACAUUGAAAUAAUAGAAGUAGCAUCAUUUCAUGAAACUCAAUGUGACGAAAACUUCAGAAUAAAUACCUUAAUAAAUGAAAGAGAAAUUGCAUGCCUAAUUGACACUGGCGCACACGUUUCCUUAAUGGGAAGAAAGACAGCUCAAAAAUUAAAAAUAAAAGGAAUCCAUCCUCCCGAAAUAAAUGCAAUAGUAGGUAUCGGAGAAAAAAUUGUUCCAACUAUUGGUCAGGGAGAAUACCACUGGUAA